AAGAAAGCAAAUGCUCGCUUGCUCCAUUUGCGUAUGCAAUCUGCGAUUUUUACCAAAACCGGACACAAACUUUCUUGCAACACGAUUCGAUUCUGAAACCGAGAACAAAAUAUGUCCCUCGUUUAGGUCAGAAGAUCUUUUAUUUGAUGAUUCAGUGGAAUUUAAUGGGGUCAUCUAGGUGUUGAGGCAGGUGGACAUUCGUCGGUGUUUCCAUUUUGAUUUUUUUUCUCAGUGAGUUCCAAAUUUUUAGGUGAACGCCUCGAUUUUUCUCCGUCAUAUUUUGGAUAAUGGGAAACGAUUAUCAGAAAAUGUCUUCCCCAACAAAGAGCGAGUUGCCAAAGGUACCUACUCCUUUGAAAAACGAGUUGGCACAGUUUGAUUCUACUAAGAUGAAACAUGCAGAAACUCUUGAGAAGAAUCCACUACCCUCUAAGGAUGAUGUCCAGCAAGAGAAGGUCCAUAACAGUAUCCUACAUGAUGUAGAAGGAUUUGAACGCUCCAAAUUAAAAUCAACAGAGACCCAUGAGAAGACAGUCUUGCCAAAUGCAGAUGAUGUAGCCCAAGAACGAGUUCAACAAAACUUCCUGAAUGGUGUAAAGAACUUUAAGAGAAAUUCUUUAAAGCAAACUAGUACAGAUGAGAAAAUCAUACUUCCAACUCCAGAUGAUGUUGUACAAGAGAAAAUUCAUCAGAACAUAGUAAGUGGUGUGGAAACCUUUGAUAAAACUGCUUUACAUCACACAGAAACAAAGGAAAAGGCAGUCUUGCCAGGCCCUGAAAUUAUUGAGCAAGAAAAGGGACAUCAGAAGCUGGUGCAAGGUAUUGAAAAUUUUGAUACAUCAAAUUUGAAGCAUGCUGAAACACUGGAGAAAAAUCCUUUGCCAACUAAAGAAGCCAUUGCAAUGGAGAAAAGUGCUGCCUAGUUAUCUUCAAGCUGAAUCUGUUUCAACCACUCACAUUUUGUAUCUGUAGCGUUUAUGUGUAUAUCCACAAUGGAUCUCUUCCUUGUAUUUGUUGGAAAUGUAUCUAUUAUUACAGGUUUACUUAUAGAAAAACUUCAUAUUUUUAUAAGCUCAUGAAUAUGUUCUUGAUAAAGAAAUUUUGAAGAUUCAUAAUUAGUUCCUUUUUUUUUUUCUGGUACAAUGUGCAGAAUUUUCUACAUCAAGAUUUUUAAAAUUAUGUAAUAUUGAACUGACCGAAUCUGUUAUACUUUACUAGUCUAAGGCGGCAAUUCAUUUUCUUAUGGCUUUGUGAAAAUUUCAUUCCUGUUUCUAUGUAAGUUUACAUUUUUGAUACUUAAAUGGAUAUUUUUAAAUAUUUUGCUUGUGAAUUGUUUUUGUAUCUUCAUUAAAAGACUUAUGACAUAUA